AUGCCCCAGCUAGAGAAUGUAGGCGAGGUUAAGGCCGCGUUCAAUCGUCACCUUCACUUCACCGUGGCUAUCUCACACGCCGUGCGAGAUCAGCUCAUAGGCAAGUGGAUGCGAACGCAGCAAAAUUAUCACGAAACGGACCCCAAGCGAGUAUACUAUUUAUCACUCGAGUGGUAUAUGGGCCGAACUCUUGGAAAUACGAUGCUGAAUUUGGGCAUUCAGGGAUCCACCGAGGAGGCCAUAAAUCAACUCGAUUUGGCUAUCGAUGAUCUCGAGGAAUACGAGGAAGAUGCCGGUCUAGGUAACGGUGGUCUUGGCCGAUUGGCGGCUUGUUUCAUCGAUUCCAUGUCCACAGUUGGUUUGCCCCCACACGGGUACGGAAUCCGAUACGAAUACGGAAUCCGAUACGAAUACGGAAUCCGAUACGAAUACGGAAUCUUCAAGCAGGAGUUCCAGGACGGGUGGCAAAGAGAGCUGCUUGAUAACUGGCUGCGCUACGGAAACCCGUGGGAAAUACAGCGCCCGGAGAGCACCCAAAACAUACAAAUGUACGGGCAUGUAGAGAAUGGAAAGUGGGUGAACACAAAGAGCGUCCUUGCAGUGCCAUACGAUACACCAGUACCCGGAUACAAAAAUGAAGUCGUAAAUACGCUCCGAUUAUGGUCCGCCCAGGCACCGAUUGAAUUCCAGCUGGAUUCAUUCAACAGGGGUGAUUACAUGGGAGCUGUACUGGAAAAUAAUGUUGCCGAAGAUAUCUCUCGAGUGCUAUAUCCUAACGAUAACUUCUUCGAAGGUAAGGAGCUUCGAUUAAAACAGCAGUACUUCCUUGUGGCUGCUUCUCUAGCCGACAUCAUCCGUCGUCAUAAAACCCAGCCCAGUUGGAAGGAGCGUGGAUGGUCUAAUUUUGCAGAUAAGGCCGCUAUCCAACUGAACGAUACUCAUCCGUCUCUGGCCGUGCCCGAAUUUAUGCGUAUUCUCGUGGACAUAGAAGGCAUGGAUUGGGAUGAAGCAUGGACAAUGUGUCAACAGGUGAUGUCAUAUACAAAUCAUACAGUCUUGCCUGAAGCUAUUGAGAGAUGGCCUGUAGAGCUGUUUGAGCGUUUGCUCCCUCGCCACCUGGAAAUUGUGUACGCUAUCAACCAAAAGCACAUGGAAAAUGUAGCAGCUGCGUUCCCCGGCGACAACGAUCGUCUUAGACGUAUGUCUAUCUUUGAGGAAGAAUACGGUAAGAAGAUUCACAUGGGUUUCCUAGCCAUUGUAGAGACCAUUUUCAAAGACUUCUAUGAGAUGUACCCCGAGCGAUUCCAAAACAAAACCAACGGUAUCACCCCCCGUCGUUGGUUGAUCAAGUCCAAUCCAGCACUUACCAAUCUGAUUGAUGAGCGUCUUCCAGGCGAGAAAUGGGCCACUGACCUGUACGAGCUUACCGCACUUAAGGACAUGAUUGUUGACAAGGAGUUCCUUCGCGCCGUCCAGAACGCAAAGCGAGAGAACAAGUUGGCCUUGUGCAGACUGGUUGACGAGGUGUACGGUAUCGAGUUGGACGUGGAUUCCAUGUUCGAUUGCCACGUCAAGCGUAUCCACGAGUACAAGAGACAGUUGCUGAAUGUGCUUCACAUGAUUACGCGGUACAACGAGAUCAAAGCCAAUCCCGACAAGGAAUUCACUCCACGUACCAUUAUGUUCGGAGGCAAGGCCGCUCCGGGGUACGACAUGGCCAAGCGUAUCAUCAAGCUAAUCAACAACGUUGCUAACAAGUGCAACAACGACCCUGCGGUUAGCAAGUACUUGAAGGUGAUCUACUUCGAGAACUACCGUGUGUCGCUCGCUGAGAAGAUCAUUCCCGCUAUUGAUUUGUCGGAGCAGAUCUCAACCGCCGGAACCGAGGCGUCUGGAACCGGAAACAUGAAGUUCAUGCUCAACGGUGCUCUUACCAUUGGUACCUUGGAUGGCGCUAACGUUGAGAUGGCGGAGGAAAUGGGUAUGGAGAACAUCUUUAUUUUCGGUAUGAAUGUUGACGAAGUUGAGGAGUUGGCCCAGAAGGGAUACAACCCUCAUGACUACUACAACAGCAAUCCCGAUUUGAAGCAGGUGCUGGACCAGAUCAGAGACGGCUUCUGGUCUCCCGAGGACAAACAUCUGUUCAGUAUGAUCUGGGACACCUUGAUGGUGCACGGUGACAAGUACAUGCUGUUGGCUGACUACCAGUCAUAUAUUGAUAAGCAAAGAGAGGUCGACGCCGUUUACCGUGACCAGAACAAGUGGUUGAAUAUGGCUAUCCACAACAUCGCAUCUGUUGGUAAGUUCAACUCUGAUCGUACUAUCCGGGAGUACGCAGAGCAAAUUUGGGGCGCUGAGUGCCGAAACUAA